AUGUACCACGGAUCACUUUCUGUGAAUUUUUAUAUCACCAUCUUUCUAUAUGUUAUAUGUGUUUCUUAUGAUUCCCGUGCCCUUGGUGAUGUCAACACGAAUGAGGAACCGUGUCGACCAUGGUCUUCUACCGGUCCAGCUUGCAAACAUCUCAAUCGACUGGAUCUGAGGUUUAUAGUGGACUUGGCCGAGGAAAACUACGUUAAUGAUAGUAAAACAAGCGUGGUCAAAACUGCGGUCUACGGCUUUGCCCCUCAGAUUGACAAGCUGCAACUCUUCAGCUUAAGCGACGCCGCUUCUUUGGCUACACUCCAGAAGAACACGACGAAUGGAGUCGUGAAGUUUUCAUUCUCAAAGGAUCAGAACAAAAAAUAUCUGUCUGUUUACGGCUUCGGGAACUCCAACAGCGUCGCGAACCCCGAAAAUGGGUCUUCCGAUUCCUCCCUGCUUAUCGUAGAGAAGAAUUUAACCCAGUGUGGUGGCAGCGGCAGCGUCGCAGUUGUCACGACCUUGAUGCUGGAUGUGGGCUUACACAAGGGGCUAUUUAACUACGAAGGGGAUGCAAAAAGCAUCCUGACAGCUGAUCUCCACGCACAAACUAUGGGGUUCUAUAAUGUGGCGGACACUCAUUCUUCUCCAGACAACUUUUCAUUUGCAGCAGUGUACGGUAACGAAAGCAACUUGGUCGAGGAGUCUAAGAUGUCUAGACUUGGCACCCAGAAGGAAAACGUUGUGUUCAUGGCCGAAACUUCUUCUGUCAAGCGACCACUGAAGACUGGGUUCGUAUCUACCUGCGGGAACACAAAGAACGGCGAGGAAUGUUUAUUGGAUAGCGAGCAAAUUUGUAUUGGAGAUAAAGGCUUUAGGAACUGUGCGAGGUGUUAUAAAGAUCCCUCUGAGGUUGCAAGCUCUGCGAAGGUGCGGGUUGUGGUCUCCUAUUAUGGGACAGACUCAAAGGGCAGGACCCUUACUAGUGGGACCAGCAACCCUUUAAACUUCCGUGCAUUUGGUGGGAACCACAUUUUAAAGGAUAUACAAAAAGCUUUAAAAGCUUAA